AUGUUCCAACGAUCCAUCCUCAGACAAGUCCAGGCUGCCCGGUCAGCUCUGACUGCUUCUUCUUCCACAUCAGCUUCAUUGGCCGUCCGCCGGACAUCACAGUUGCAAACACGUCUGCCCGCUGUUCGCCCAUUUGCUCAGCCCUUCUCCCGCUUCUACUCUACUGAGAAGGAAGCUCCCAAGGAGGCCGAGUCCGCCGAAAAUGCCGAGGACUCCGUUCAGAAGCAGCUCGAGGAGAAGGACAAGCAAAUUCUUGAUCUGAAGGACAAGUACCUUCGCUCUGUCGCCGAAUUCCGUAACCUCCAGGAGCGCACUAAGCGCGACAUGGAUGGUGCCCGUAACUUCGCUAUUCAGCGCUUCGCCAAGGACCUUCUGGAGAGCAUUGACAACUUCGACCGCGCGCUGCUGGCCGUGCCCGCGGAUCAGCUCACUGCUGCUCAGACCGAGGAGAACAAGGCUCUGCACGAGCUCGUUGCUGGUCUUAAGAUGACUGAGAACAUCCUCUUGAACACUCUCACAAAACACGGCCUUGAGCGCUUCGAUCCUUCUGAGAAGGUUGAUGGCCAGACUCAGAAGUUCGAUCCUAACCUGCACGAGGCUACCUUUAUGGCUCCUUCCGCCGAUCUGCAGGAUGGUGAUGUUAUGUACACCCAGAGCAAGGGUUUCCGCCUGAACGGACGGGUUCUUCGGGCUGCCAAGGUCGGUGUCGUCAAGAACGCCUAA